AUGAUUUCAGAAUGCUUGCCAUGGCAGUUUGAUUGUAAAUUCGGUGCUCCUCGGUGUGUUUCAAAAAAAUCUGUUCGAGACGGUAAAAUUGAUUGUUUCUCUGGAUCAGAUGAAGGCUGCCCAUCUCAUUUCUUUGUUUGUCGAGAUAGGUCAGCUUGCAUUGAGCCAGUCAAGUUUCAAGACGGCCGAAUAGAUUGUUUGGAUAAAAGUGAUGAACCAUGUGCACAAGGAUACUUCCCUUGUAACGAUGGUUCAGGAUGUAUAGCACAAUCGAAAUUUCAAAAUGGGAUAUUAGACUGUUCUGAUGGAAGUGAUGAAGAAUGUACAACAUCGCAGUUAACCUGUGAGUGUGGAAGAGUACGAUGUGUUCAUAACAAACACAUUGGUGAUGGCACUUGGGAUUGUGAAGAUGGCUCUGAUGAGCUUCUGAAUUCUGAAACUCCAACAACAGCAUCAGCUUUUUGCCCAAAUGGAGAUCAAAGACGAAAUGGAGGAAAUACGUUAUUAAUGGGAGAAAUACAGUUAUGUGAAGGAAAGAAUGAAUGUCUGAGUGAUUUAGGACAAAUUUGCAUUGUUGUUGCUGGAGCAUCUCGAUGUGUCUGCAAGAUGGGAACGGUACGGCCAUUAGGCUCAACCAAAUGCAUCCCAUUAGAACUGAUGAACAAAUAUUUUGAAAAUCCACUUGCUAACUGUUCAGAGAACAGAUUAAACUUGAAAAGACAAUUUGAAAUUCAAUCCACUUCUGUAACAAAGGAGUUACCUGAAAUACGAAGAGCACCACCGAUCAAGGUUCAGAAAACAACACAGACUAUCGAUUCAGCUUCUGCAUUGUAUUUUGAAGCUGGAAAUGUUACUGUUCCAUACAUGUUCAUUAGUGAUGAUGAGCUUAUAAGUGAUGAUGAAUGUGAUCCUAAGAAUGAUUUUUCAUGUUCAGGUAAUCAUACAGCUUGUUUGGUUAAUCCAGAUGGUGUUUAUCGUUGUGGGUGUGAAGCUGGAAGUAGUUUAGUUAAUGGAGCGUGUAUAGGUUUAAUUAAUGAAUGUCUAAAUAAGACAUUGAAUGAUUGCAAUGAGUCAGCUAUAUGUAUUGAUAGUACUCUAUCAUAUGAAUGCUUAUGCAAGGAAGGCUAUCUUGAUGUUUCAAAUGAUCCUGUUAAGAAUCCGGGACGCAAAUGCUUAAGAUUAAUAAAUGAAUGCGCUGAUGCUUCAUUGAAUGAUUGUCAUCCAAACGCCAAAUGUAUAGAUCGUCCUUCGGGUUAUACUUGUCGAUGUAAUUCUGAGUUCGUUGACGUUGACAUUUCAACUGAAGGUAGUCGCAAGCCUGGAAGGAACUGUACCGCAAGAGUUAAUGAAUGCAAAAAAGGUCUGCACGAUUGCGACCCUGCAGCUAUAUGCUACGAUGAUUCUGUUGGCUAUCGAUGUCGAUGUCCUCUGGGUUAUCUGGAUGGCUCCCCAGUUCCGGAAAAACGGGGACGUCUCUGUAUUCAAAUAAAUGAAGAGAGAGACAGCGAUGCAACUUGUAUUUCUAAAAUGAAAGAUAUAAAAAAUAGCUUUAAACUGGAUAAAGUUAGCAACAUCAGCUGUUGUACACUGUCCGUUGAUUGUAAGAAUUGCAAUCUUGAAACAUCACAAUGCAUCUCUACCAAUACUGGCAAUGUAGCUUGCAUCUGUAAAGAUGACUACGUUGAUCUGAAUCCAAUUAAUCCAGGAACGAAUUGUACCAAAAAAACAGGAUCAAAUCCUUGUCAAGAUUAUUCGUUACACGACUGUGAUUCUGUAGCGGAAUGUGUCUCAGAGCAACCUGGAUACUUUCAGUGUCAUUGCCCUAAAGGAUUUUUAGACAUUUCAUCUGACAAACGAUUUCCCGGACGUAAAUGCAUUAGAGUUGUUAAUGAAUGUGCUCUUGGAACUCAUACAUGUGAUCCUAAUGCUGCAUGUGUGGAUACACAAGAAGGAUAUACUUGCAAAUGUAAUUCUGGUUGGCUAGAUGCUAGUCGCGAUUCUCUUCGUAGUCCAGGACGCAUCUGUAAGCGAGCCAACAUGUGCCAUAAUGUAGAUUGUGCAUCUGAAGCUGAAUGCCGAGAAACUCCAAUCGGCCCAGUUUGCCAAUGUGUUAGUGGUUACGUAGAUAUCUCCAGACAGCAUGGUCUCCCUGCUGGAAGAGUAUGUCGUGCUGUUAUCAAUGAAUGUGCUCUUGGAAAGCAUGAUUGCUCCAGACAUGCAUCUUGCAUUGAUACUGCUGACAGUUACACUUGCCGUUGUCAUGAUAACUACAGAGAUGAAAGCCCAGACUCUUCUCGUAAUCCCGGACGUGUUUGUGUUCGAGCUAUGAUUCCUGACCCCCCGGAGUGCGAUGUGUCAGAUCCAAUGAGUUGUGAUCAAAGUAAAAGCGAGGUUUGCAUAUUUGUGAACAACACAUACAAAUGUAGAUGCGCAAAUGGAUAUUCCCGUUUACCAGACGGAAGAUGCUUAGCUAUCGAUGAAUGCAAAUCCAAAAAUUUGAAUACUUGCGGUGAAAACUCUGAGUGUUUGGAUUUGGCUGAGGGAUAUACUUGCCAAUGUCGCUCUGGGUACGCAGAUAUCUCUCCAUCCGGACAGCCAGGAAGAAUUUGCAAAGCUCGUGUAAAUGAGUGUUCACAUAGAGCAAAGUAUGGUGUAGAUUGCCAUGAAAAUGCUAUCUGCACUGAUACUGAAGAUUCAUACACUUGCCAGUGUAGACCAGGAUUUGCCGAUAUCUCCGCUUCAUACAAUCGACUCCCAGGUCGUAACUGUAUUGAAGCUAUCAAUGAGUGUGCUAACUCUCAAUUGAAUGAUUGCUCGAAGAAUGCUUUCUGUGAAGAUGCUAAAGAAGGAUAUAUCUGCUCAUGCAGACCAGGAUAUCUUGAUACAUCUCCAAACGCUACCCACUACCCUGGAAGAGUAUGUACUAAGCCCGUUGAGAAGUUGGACCACGAACUGUCUAACUCUUUACAAUUGGAUGGAUGUGAUCCAAAGCAUCCUGCCUGUGACACUAAUGAAGUCUGUACUGACAAGGGACAAAGAGGACAACACACAUGUCAGUGUUCGGAGAACUCUUUCCGAUUCACAGAUGGCAAAUGCAAAUUAUAUUCGGCUUGCUCACGUCAAAACGAAUGCGAUACCAAUGCUGUUUGCCUCAAUCUGUUCAACACUUACAAAUGCCAAUGCCGUCCUGGAUACAUUGAUGUUUCUGCCGAUCCUGAUAUCAACCCUGGUCGCAAAUGCAGAGAACUUGUAAAUGAAUGUGCCACCGCUGACAACGGAUGUUCUCCAUUCGCUCGUUGUAUCGAUGCCACAAAUGGUUAUGCUUGUCAAUGCUUAGAUGGUUACGUCGAUGUCUCUUCAAGUCAUGGGCUCAGACCAGGACGAAAGUGCGCUAGUGCAAGCAAUGAGUGUGCUGCUGAUACUCUCAACACUUGUGAUGAGAAUGCUGAUUGCAUCGAUUUACCUGAUGGCUAUGCUUGCCAGUGUUAUGCUGGUUUCGUUGACGUCUCCUCUUCUGCUAAUUUACCACCUGGAAGAGUUUGCACUGUUCAAACAACUUGUCCUAAACAGAAGACUGAUCUGAUGUUCUUGAUUGAUGGAUCUGGAUCUAUUGGCUCAUACGUGUUCAAACACGAAGUUCUGCGCUUCAUCAGAGAGUUCGUUGAGCUUUUCGAGAUCGGACCUGAUCAGACUCGAGUUGGUCUUAUUCAAUAUUCUGAUCAAAUUCGGCAUGAGUUUGAUCUUGGACAAUACGCUGAUAAGGUUUCUGUAUUGCGUGCUAUUACUGAAACUAAAUACUUGACUGGACUCACCAGAACCGGUGCCGCUAUUCAACAUAUGGUUCAAGAAGGAUUCAGUGAGCGUAGAGGAGCUCGUCCAGAGAGACCUGACAUCUCAAGAGUUGCUAUCAUUCUUACCGAUGGAAGAUCUCAGGACAAUGUAUCUGGUCCAGCUGAAUCUGCUCGUAAAUUGCACAUCAACACCUUCUCUAUUGGUGUUACCGAUCACGUUCUUGCUAGUGAAUUGGAAACUAUUGCUGGAUCACCUAACAGAUGGUUCUAUGUUGAUAAGUUCAAGGAUCUUGACACAAGAUUGAGAUCGAUGAUCCAAAAAGCAGCCUGCCCAUCUCCAGUACGUAUGGAAAGCCACCCCACUGGAACUUGUAAUCCACGAACUCAGACAGGAUGUGACCGUACAUUGAAUGAGCUUUGCGUUGAAGAAGGAGGAAGAACUCACUGCGUAUGCCCAGAUAGUUUCCAACGCCAUCCUAUCAGCAGAGUUUGUGGAGGAUCUCUCUGUAAUCCUCAACUGACCACCUCUUGCAUUUUCCCAGAAGAAUGCCAGAUUACACCAUACAACAACUUCCGUUGUGCUUGUCCAGAAGGAUAUUCCCGUGACUACAAGAGUGGUUUCUGCGUUUCGAUCAAGGAAGUUCAUAUUGCUCCUCAGCAUGACGGUGAUUGUCAUAAUGGCGGUAUUCGAUGCAGUCCUAACGAGCAAUGCAUGCGUGAUCUAUCAGGAAGAUGGUCUUGUGAGUGCCAAACAGGCUUCGAGCGCAAUCGUCAAACAGGACAAUGUAGUUAUCCAGGGUCUUGUGUACCUAAUCAACCAUUCUCUUGUGAUGCUCGCAAACGUGAGAAAUGUCUUCCUCACAAUGGCUUCUACACCUGUCAAUGUGAUCGUAAUGAGAAGCGUCAUCCAAUCACUGGAAUCUGCUUGAAAAACGAAUGUUUAACCAACGAAAAUGACUGUGAUCGUUCCGCUAUCUGUACUGAUACCGAUGAUGGUUACUUAUGUUCCUGUCGCAGUGGAUUCUUUGAUCAAUCCCCUGAUCCAGUUCAUAAGCCUGGACGACUUUGUGUUGCUGAGCAAAACGAAUGUUUGGAUGGCUCUCAUAAGUGCUCUCCUAACGCUCUCUGUACGGAUACCCAAACAGGAUAUGUUUGCAGAUGUAAGCCUGGUUUCGUUGAUUACUCACCAAACCCACAAAGCUUCCCCGGAAUGGUCUGUCAAGAGCUGGUGAACGAAUGCGCCUCUCCUCGAUUGAACAACUGUGACCGUAACGCUAUGUGUAUUGAUACUGUAGAAGCUUACACUUGUGUUUGCCGCUCUGGUUUCACUGACAUGGAUGAGUUCCGAAACCCUGGAAGAAACUGUAAGAAAAUUAAAACCAAUGAGCGUUGUACAAUCGGCAAUAACGAUUGCGACAGAAAUGCUCGUUGUAUUCAAAUUGGAGAUGAUGACUAUUCUUGCGCUUGCCCUCCAGGUUUCAAGGAUAAGUCACCAAGCCUUUCAAGACCUGGAAGAGUUUGCAUUCCUGUAAUACCUGAAUGUGAUAAUCCAUCUUUGAAUGAUUGCGAUUCACCUGACAGAGCUAUAUGUACUGAUACAGACGAUGGAUACAUGUGCAGAUGUCGUCAAGGCUUCCUUGAUAUCUCCCCAAGUCCUAGUGCUAAGCCUGGAAGACUCUGUAAACCAUUACAAAACGAGUGUGCUCUUGGUACCCAUGAUUGCGCCCGUGACGGUGGAAUAUGUGAGGAUACUCCAGAUUCCUUCAACUGUAGAUGUGCUAUGAGUUAUUUGGAUGUAUCAUACGAUAGACAAAACAGACCAGGACGCAAAUGCAAAAGACUGAUUGAUGAGUGUGCAACUGGCCAGAACGACUGUUCUAGAGAGGCCAUCUGUACCGAUACUGAAGACAGCUAUACAUGUUCCUGCCCCCGUGAUUAUAUUGACUUAUCUACAGACCCAGUUAGAAGACCCGGUAGACGCUGUCUUCAACGUAUCGAUGAAUGUGCCACCAACAGAGACGAUUGUUCUCCAAAUGCUGAUUGUAUGGACACUCCUGAAUCAUACAAAUGCCGAUGCCGUGACGAUUUCGUAGACGAAUCGCCAGAUCCAAUUCGUAGAGCUGGGCGUAUCUGCCGACCUGCUCUUGUAGAUGAAUGCCGUCUUCGUCGUCAUGAUUGCCAUCAAGAUGCUGAUUGUCAAGACCUUCCUCACGGUUAUACUUGCCAAUGUCGUGCCAAUUUCUUGGACGAGUCUCCUAACCGAUCUUCACACCCUGGUCGUCUCUGUGUACCUAGACCAACUCCACCACCACCAGAGUGCCGUGUUGAUGGUCCAAACCAAUGCAAAGCUCAUUUGAAUGAGGUCUGUCGUUUGAUGGCAGGAGAGCCAAAAUGUACAUGUCCCUUCAAUUACCAAAGAGACGGAAGCGGAGUCUGCUCAGUUAUCAAUGAGUGCGAGUUCCCUCAUCUUAAUGAUUGUCACACCGCUGCUGAUUGUAUUGACCAAAUGCAAGGAUACACAUGCCGAUGCAAGCAGGACUACAAAGAUGUUGGAGGUAGUCAGAAACCAGGACGAAUGUGCAAACCAAUGGUCAAUGAAUGUCAAUUCCCCCAUCUUAAUGAUUGUCAUCAACAUGCUCAAUGUAUUGAUCUCGAAGAAGGCUAUGAAUGCAAAUGUCAUCAAGGCUUUAUGGAUAGAUCUCGCGGUAGACCAGGAAGAAUUUGCCAACAACUUGUCAAUGAAUGCUCGCAGCCUAGCUUGAAUAGUUGUGACCGUAAUGCUCGUUGUAUCGAUGAGGAAGAAGGUUAUCGCUGUGAAUGUAAAGCCGGCUUCAUUGAUGUUUCUCCAUCUUCUGAUUUGUCUGGCAGAUCUUGCAAGCAACUUGUUAAUGAAUGUGCAGAUCAACGAUUGAAUGACUGCGAUCGCAAUGCUCGCUGUCGGGAUACUACUGAUUCUUAUGAAUGCCAAUGCCCAACAAACUCUAAGGAUAUCAGUCCUAAUCAUUCGUUCCCUGGACGUGUCUGUUUGAUAUUCGAAAACGAGUGUGAGACAGGAAAGAAUGACUGUGAUCCAAAUGCUCUUUGUCACGAUAACGAACAGUCAUAUAGUUGUGAAUGUCCAGCUGGAAGCUUAGAUCGCUCACCUGAUCGGAUGCGACGACCUGGUCGUGUUUGUAUCAAGCUGGUCGAUGAAUGCAAAACUGGUCGCCAUACCUGCAGCGCACAAGCCGACUGCCGAGAUUUGGAAGAAGGAUAUACUUGUGAAUGCAGAGAUGGAUACAUCGAUAGAUCACCAAACAUGGCAACUCAACCAGGCCGUGUUUGUGGAGUUCCAGAAGUUUGUCCACCAGAUCAUCAAUGCAGCUCUGCUGCUGUAUGCGAACCACUCGGAGGAAAUAACUAUCGUUGCUCUUGUAUUCAAGGCUAUAUCGACCAGUCUCCUGGUAACGAUAAGGGACGAGUCUGUGUUAGAAAUAAUGCUUGCCGUGAUCCUAAGUUGAACACAUGUAGCAGAAACGCCAUUUGCUACGAUGAACCUAGAGGAUAUCGUUGUGAAUGCGCUCGUGGAUAUAUUGAUAGAUCUCCUGAUUCUAGCAGUAAGGGAAGAGUUUGCGAGCCUCCACCACCUCCUACCCCACCACCAAGACAUCCUUGCCAAGAUCCUAGCCGUAACGACUGUCAUUCAGCUGGAGUUUGUCGAGCUACAGGAGCACAAACAUACACAUGUGAAUGCCUUCCCGGAUAUGCUGAUAGAUCUCCCGACACCAGAAGCAAACCAGGAAGAAUCUGUGAACUUACACAGCCUGUAUGCCUGGACCCAAGCCAAAACGACUGUCAUUCUGCUGCUAUCUGCUUGGAAACUCAAACUUCUGAGAAGUAUACUUGCAAGUGUCGUGACGGAUAUAUGGAUCAGUCACCUGAUCCUAACCGUCGUCCAGGAAGAAUCUGUGCUGAAAUGGUGAACGAAUGUUUGGUACGCUCGAUGAACGAUUGUCAUCCUUUGGCCAUGUGCGAAGAUAGACCUAAGGGAUAUACUUGCCGAUGCCCAAUGAACACGAUUGAUCGUUCUCCUGAUCAUAGUCGUCCAGGAAGAUUAUGUGUUCAAAACGUUAAUGAGUGUGCCAAUCCAUCUCUCAAUCAUUGUUCUCGCUUUGCUGACUGUAUUGACAAAGAGAAUGGCUAUGAAUGUCGCUGCCGCUCAGGAUACCAUGAUGACAGUCCAUCCAAUCCUGGAACACAAUGUACUUUCGUUAUCAACGAAUGUGAAUCAUCAAACCUUAAUGAUUGUGAUGCUCAUGCUCAAUGUAUCGAUUUGGCUGGAGGCUAUGACUGUAGAUGCAAAGCUCCAUAUCGCGACGAAGGUCCACCAGGACAUCCUGGCCGAAUCUGCCGUCUCAAUGAAUGUCUCACUCCAAAUCUCAACACAUGUGAUAGGAAUGCUGAUUGUAUGGAUGUUGAAGAUGGUUACAUUUGUUCCUGCAAAACUGGGUUCUACGAUCAGAGUCCUAACCAACGCGAGCCUGGACGUAUUUGCGUCGAAUUCCAGGUUGAACAACAUGAAGAACGUAUAACCAUCCAAAGACCACACAACACUCCCCCACCUCCACAACAUGAUGGUGUCCAGUGUGGAAGAGCUUACUGUGAUAUCCUUAGAGGAGAGGUGUGCAUCAGUGGAAGUUACUGUGGUUGCCGUCCAGGUGAAAGCAGAUCAUCUGCUACAGGAAGAUGCCAACCAGUUGAGGAAACUUCUAUGCAAAUCCGAGUAAUCUCUAGAGACAGCAGACCACUUCUUUACUCUAGCGAAUUUGGAUCUCCUUCUAGUCCUCCUUAUGUUGAAGUAGUUGACAAGUUCCAGAAAGACAUUGCUCGCACCUUCGGAAGCACAUCGUACGCUCCACGCUACGUGGCUACUAAAGUGAAGUACAUCACUCACCCGAAAACAGUAAACAGUUCUUGGCCUGAUGGACUUCUUUUCAAAUAUGAUGUCCAAACUACGAAAACUUUGAAUAAUGCUCCAGUGGAUCAGUGUGAUCUAUGGAAGCAGAUGAUGGGAUCGUUGCAACGAACCAACUUAGCCAUAGGAGGUGGAUCUCUAAGAGUUGCUGAUGACACUGAUAACCUCAACCCAUGUAAAGAACCAGAGCCAAUUGGCGAAUGUGGAGGAUUGAGUUGUAAAUCAAACUUGGGAGAAAUCUGCAUUGCCGGAUCCGUGUGCGGAUGUCCAACUGGAAUGAAGAGGGCAUCAUCAUCUGAUGUUUGUCGCGCAGUAGAGUCAUGGAACGUACCUCUCUGGGUUAUGAGAAAGGAGAAGACCAACCUCGUCUACAAUGACACUUUCAGUAAUCCAUUAGACACUACAUACAAGAACUACGUUCACGAUUUGGAAGACGGUAUCGGUGGAUGUUAUCCUCACACAACUCUUAAAAACGCCUUUGUAUCUGCUGAAGUUAAUGAUAUCACUAAUCCAUCACAAAACAAUGCUAGUUGGACUAGCGGACUUCUCUUCAACACCACAGUGCAUUUCCGAAAGGGAGCUGUUAGGAUACCUUCAGACACAUACUACCAGCUUGUUCGUUACAUCGUUGAUAGAAAUGGAUACGAGGUCGGCGAUAGUGGUUUGUAUUUGAAUGAAUACCAGCCUGAUCCCUACAAGGCGUGCUAUCAAAAUGAUUGCCACGCUCAUGCUCGUUGCGUUGAUACUGGACCAAAGUCAUACAGAUGUGAAUGUGGACCAGGAUUCAGAGACUUGAGCCCAAGUGAUCCAGGAAAGAAAUGUCUACCAACAAACGGAUUCAAUGAAUGUGAACGCAAAGAAGACAAUGAAUGCUCAGAAAAUGCUAGAUGCAUUGAUCUCGAACAUCUGUACAAAUGUGAAUGCUUACCAUCAUACACUGAUGCUUCUCCAAUGGGAUCCGUUCCUGGUUCACUUUGUACUCUGGAUUACUGUAGUGAUGUCAAUUUCUGCCCAACAAACACCACAUGCAAAAACAUGGAGCAACAAGCGGAAUGUGCUUGUGACUUAGGUUUCAUGGAUAUUAGAAAGAGUGAGAAGAGAACAAUGUUAGGAAUGUCUGAUGAUACUCUCUGCUUGCAUGUUCGAGAUGUAGAUGAAUGUGCUCUCGGUUUAACUAACUGUUCUGGAGUAGCACAAUGUAUUGAUCGCGCUAUCGGCUAUACCUGUAAGUGCCCUGAUGGAUACAUUGAUGGUAACCCUGAUGAUCCUGGACGUGUUUGCGGAGCUUUGCUCUGUGAUUUAUGUAACAGUCAUGGAGAUUGCGUGCACAACGCUGAAACUAAGAACAUAACUUGCGUAUGUACCGAUGGCUGGUCUGGAGAGUUCUGCGCUGUUGCUCCUUCUAAUGCCUCAUUGAUACUUCUUAUUCUUCUGGCCCUUCUCUUCUUGCUUCUUGCCCUCUGUUGUCUGUUAUAUCUUUGCACUAAAUGCCAUUGUUUCAAGGCAAGAGGUGCUGGAGCUGGAGCUUUCGGAUACAGACGUGGAGGAGCUUGGCCAUGGUCAACACUUGAAGGAUCUUCUUCAUCUGAAAGCGGAGCCGAAUUCUCUGGUAUGAGUGCUGGUCACGAAUAUUAUCCAGACAUCGGAAUCCCAAGAGCUAAGCUGAAGCAAGGAGAAGCUGCUGCUAUGGCAAGUAACACGGCACAGAGUAUGGAAGUAGCUCGUUUGAAUUCCUAUCUUGAUGAAGCUGUUCGGAUACCUAGAGCACAUCUUGGUAAUGGAGGUGUUCACGAUUCGUACGAUAGCAUGUCCAAUGCAUCUAGCGAGUAUACUAUCAAGGAAGAAAUAGAACGUAAAGUUAUUACCGAUGUAACGACCAAGGAAAUUACAACUACCACCACUACUGAUGCGUCAGGGAAUACUGUAACUACUACAUCUGAGUUUACUGUGCACCCACCCGAGCACACUUUGCAGCACUUGGCAUUAGCGGGUAAAGACUCUUCUAUGAAUGAAGAAUCCUCUUAUGCUAUGGAUAGUGCACGAGAAUCUAGUUUCGCUCACGGCUCUGACUUCUCUUCAAAAGCAGCUAAUCAGAAGAACUUGUCUUCGAUCAAAGAAGUAUCCUCCGGGUUCCACGAUGACCAUCGAGAGCGUGAAAGAGGAGAAAGUGUAGCCGAGUUCUCAAUUGGACGCGCUUCGGGCAAUCAGUUCUCAUCAGGCCAUAAAGAAAUGGAGGAAUAUGUAUCGGAAUCAGAAGAAGAAGAAAUUGUUACUUCCUCCAGAGUUGUGUCAUCUUCUGCGACCAGAACUCAUUAA